AUGAGGCUUUUUACUAGACUCCAAACUCCAUUUCCAACAGCAAGACCUGCUUUUAUGUCACAAUCAUCAUAUAAAGUGUCAGACUCUGAAUGGAAUCUGGGUCGACUCAAUCAUAUAGCUGUCGCAGUGCCAGAUUUGGAAAAGGCUUCAACAUUUUAUAAGAGUGUCCUUGGGGCCGAGGUGAGUGAAGUGACCCCUCUUCCUGAACACGGAGUAUCUGUUGUUUUUGUCAACCUGGGAAAUACCAAGCUGGAACUACUUCACCCCUUGGGCAGUAACAGUCCAAUUGAUGGUUUUCUGCAGAAAAACAAGGCUGGAGGAUUACAUCACAUCUGCAUUGAGGUGGAUAACAUAAAUGCAACUUUGAUGGAUUUAAGAAAUAAGAAGAUCCGUAGUCUAACUGAAGAGGUCAAAAUAGGAGCACAUGGGAAGCCAGUGAUUUUUCUCCAUCCCAAAGACUGUGGUGGAGUCCUCGUGGAACUGGAGCAAGCUUGAUUUUUAUUUGCAAGAAAUUAAAUUAAUUGAUCUAAGAAAUUCUUAUAAGAAAGUGAUAUUCAUUGAUAGUAGCAACUUCUAAAAUUGGGGAAGUUUAGGGAACAGUGAAUAUAUUAAUGGGGGAAAGGAGGGUUAGAAGAAUUGUACAACUUGGCGAAUGUAAUCAUUGUUAGUGGAUUGUAUAUUUAAAAAUUAUUGGGUUGGUAUAUGAUUUACUGUGUAUAUUCUUACCAACAAUACAAAAUUAGAAAACUUUCAGAAUAUACCCUGGAACCUUUGACUGCUUCUAUUACUUAACAAUGAAAAAGUUAAAAUACUUACAUAUGUGUGUGUAUAUAUACUUAUAUAUAUGUAUUAUACUUGUAUGUACAUAUAUAUGCACAACACACAUAUUUAAUCAAAUUAUAUAGCAUUUAUGUAAUGUCUAAGAGCUUGAAAAAGUUGGUGACAAAAAUGUAAUUAAAAAUAGAACAUUUCCAAUGAACGUUUUGAAAAUUUUGUUAUUAUUAAUUUUGACUUCUAUACUUGUUUUGGAGAAAAUCAUGAUUAUUAAACAUUAAUAGAAAUUG